UCUCCUCAGCACGCAGAUAGAACGGACCAUCAAACCCUUCUUGAGCUUCGGUGGAGAGGCUCAAGACAUGAUGGUUUAUCCGAGUACGCCUGGGCCUAUCAGCACCACCGACACUUGCCAAUGGACGUCUUGGCAGUCAAGAUGUUCACCGUCCACAAGAAUUUGUGGCUGUUGGCAGAGUGGACCAGGAAGCCAGUUUCGCCUAGGCAUGGCGUUCUAAUCUAGGAUUAGGCUCGCCAUUAUCCACCACCAUCCUAGUCAGAACAUGGCCGAGUAUAUAAGCAUGAGCCCCAGGUUUUAGUCCCUUUGCCUUUGCCUUUGGCCUUUGGACCCAGCGUCACCAAGUGACCUUGCCGACUCCAGAUCGAAAUGAUCUCCUACAAUGCCCGCAACCAGAGAAUAGAAGCCUGGGUCAACGCGGCUGCCGAAGAAAGCGAGGAUGCCGCCCCCACAGAUCCCGAAGCCCGCGACCUGCAUGACCAGGAAAAGGCCCAGCGAAUCGAGCACGAGGAUUUGUGUCGCGACAAGAAGCAGACGUAUAAGGGUGCGGUCUUAUUAUGGCUCGCCUGGCAAACUACCGGUGUUGUGUAUGGCGACAUUGGCACCAGUCCCCUUUAUGUUUUCAGCUCGACUUUUAGCGAACAGCCGUCAUGGCACGACCUCGUGGGAGCUCUGUCGAUAAUCAUCUGGUCCCUCACCAUCAUCGUAACACUUAAAUAUUGUUUCAUUGUCCUGUCAGCCGACGACGAUGGACAAGGAGGAACCUUUGCUCUCUACUCUCUCCUUGCUCGAUAUGCCAACAUUGCCCGCGUCGAUCCCAGUGGCCCGGAAAGAAUUGUUGUGCGCCUGGAUCGUGAGACGGGCGCCGAACUCGCACCCGCUGGGAGAAUGGCCCGGGAUUUUCUGGAACGUAGUCGGGUUGCACAGAGCGUCCUCAAGAUUGUUGGCGUUUUGGGCGUUUCCAUGGUUGUGGCCGACAGCAUUCUGACACCAGCCCAGUCCGUCUUGGGCGCCGUCCAAGGGAUUCAGGUUAUCAGACCUGAUCUGGGAAGACCGGCUAUUGUGGGGACCUCGUGUGCGAUCCUCAUUGCGCUUUUCUUGCUGCAGUUCAUUGGCACGUCCAAAAUUGGCACCUCUUUCGCUCCCGUCGUUGUUGUCUGGCUCCUCUACAACUUCUCCAUCAGCAUAUACAAUCUUGUCUUGUACGAUCAUACCGUACUCAAGGCAUUCAGCCCACAUUAUGCGUUCAAAUACCUAAUACGAAACGAUUCUGAUGGAUGGAAGUCUCUUGGUGGAUUGCUUCUCGCUUUCACCGGCGUUGAAUCACUCUUUGCAGAUCUGGGUGCUUUUGGACAGCGAGCCAUACAGCUUUCAUGGUUGUUCCUGGCAUUCCCAUGCUUGUUGAUCACAUAUUGUGGUCAAGCUGCUUAUAUUUCUCAGGAUGAAACUGGGUUGGCUUUUACCAACCCAUUCUUUCGCACUGUUCCCGAAAGCACACUGUACUUCAGUAUCAUUAUCGCCGCACUCGCUGCUGUUGUUGCCAGCCAGGCCGUGAUCACCAGCUCUUUCCAACUCAUUUCUCAGUUGAUGAGGCUCAGCUACUUUCCUCACAUCAAGACUGUUCACACCAGCCGUCGAUUCCAUGACCAGAUUUAUAUGCCACUGGCAAAUUGGCUACUCAUGACCGGUACUGUUGUGGUUACGGCCGUUUAUAACAAUACAACGAGCUUGGGUCAUGCUUAUGGCGCAUGUGUCAUUAUCGUUAGCUUUAUUACAACGUGCAUGGUGUCGCUAGUGGCACUCAUCAUCUGGCGUAUCUCAUCAAUCGUUGUUCUCAUCGGGUUCCUCAUCUUCAUCCUUCUCGACAGCAUUUAUCUUAGUGCAGCAAUGAACAAGGUGCCUGACGGUGGUUGGUUUGCGCUGGUCCUGUCCGCCAUCCUUAGUUCGUUCGUCAUGCUUUGGCGAUGGGGAAAGGAACAGCAGUGGGAAGCAGAGCAAAGGGACAUGGUGGACCCGGCAGAGUUCCUCAUGUCCUCUCGGAGUACCUCAAGAAACAACUCAAUAGCAAGGGGAAUUCAAGGUGAAGGUUCUCUGCGCUCGACGAGGCUGAGGCUUUCACCUGAGUUUGGAGGUGGACAAGUAAUGGUCGCUCCAGGGCUCGGAAUAUUCUUCGACAAAGUGGGCGGGAGUGGUGAUCACAUCCCGAAGGUAUUCUCGCAGUUCGUUCGGAAGUUCCAGACGAGGCCACAGGUGAUCGUUUUCUUCCACAUGCGCCCCCUUUCUCAGCCUACGGUUCCAUCUGACCAACGGUUCGUCAUUGCGCGUGUUACAACAAAAAUUCCUUCAUGCUAUCGUAUUGUUCUGCGACAUGGUUACAUGGAUGACGUUCUCACACCGAACUUGGCGCCUACGAUUGUUAACGAGUUGAUGACCUUUAUUACCCGAGGUCCUUUCCCACCUGAUGAGAAUGACAUGCCACCAGAGUUUCGAGAAGAGCUUGAAGCGCUGCGGGCCGCCGAAGAAGCACAAACCGUUUAUCUUAUGGGCAAACAGACUAUGCGGGUGCAGAGGCCAGAAAAGAGGAGUAUUUCCAGUAUCCUACGCCGGGUAGCACUUGAAGCAUUCUUGUGGAUUCGAGAGAAUUCACGAACCAAGCUGGCCAAUCUGGAUAUUGACCCCGAUAGUCUGGUAGAGGUGGGCUUUGUGAAGGAAAUUUAAAAACGACAACAAUAUUGAACACGAGAUACCCGACACAUGCGCAAAAAGAGUAAGGGACGAUUGGGUACCAAAAGUUAGAUGGACUACUAUACGAUUUUCGGACACAGGCGCUUUGGAUUUUGGGUUCAGCUGUGAGUUUAACUGAUGAUGGGCUUAGUAGAUGCCUCAGCUUUGCUUUGUUUUACUAUACUGGGUGGGAUGGGAACUCUCCGCUUACCUUAGAUUUGAUCAUUUGCUUGUACAUGGUUUCAAGGUGGAAGCGAUAUCGAUAUACCCUUAAGAGCGAAUGAAUCGAUGAUUAUGUUGCAUAUGUUCUAGGCUAAAGACCUUAGUGAUGGGCGAGAUUCUAUUGACUGAACUAAUUUCAGAAGCAUGAAUCUUAA